CAGAGCGGGGAACGGGGGAAGAAGAGUCCAUAGAGGGCAAAGCUCUCUCUCCUUCAACUUCAAUUACAGUCAACCAACCUGCAACGGAUACCGCCACCGCCACCGCCAUCGCCAUCGCCGCUUCAACCUCUCAGGGAACAAUUCCGGCACCAGAUCUGAGUUCUAUCACCGGGAAUGGCUUCUAAUGAAGUCAAUUCACGCUUGAACCAACUUAUUAUCCCUGCACUAGAGAAGAUUAUCAAGAAUGGAUCAUGGAGAAAACACUCCAAGCUCGUCCAUGAGUGUAAAUCUGUGAUUCAUCGUUUAUCCUCUCCAGACAAGUCGACUCCUAGCUCACCGGACAGACAAUUAGACUAUGACGCUUCAUCUCUUCCCGGAAUUAUCCACGACGGAGGUCCCGUCGAGUAUUCCAUUGCCGAUUCGGAGUUCGUUAUUAGUCCUAUCAUUAAGGCAUGUUCUUCUGGAACUCUCAAGAUCGCCGAUCCAGCUCUUGAUUGCAUACAGAAACUGAUUGCUCAUGGCUAUCUCCGUGGUGAAGUGGACACAUCAGGAGGUCCUGAAGCAAAGUUACUGUCGAAGCUCAUUGAAUCUGUGUGUAAAUGCCACGAGUUAGGCGAUGAGGCAAUUGAAUUGCUGGUGCUCAAGACUCUUUUGUCCUCUGUUACUUCGGUUUCCCUGCGAAUGCAUGGGGAUUGCUUGCUACUCGCGGUGCGGACCUGCUACGAUAUAUAUUUAGGGAGUAAGUCUGAGGUUAAUCAAACGACGGCUAAAGCAUCGCUAAUUCAGAUGCUUCUCAUUGUUUUCCGAAGAAUGGAAGCCGAUUCCUUAACUGUGCCAGUACAGCCAAUUGUUGUUGCAGAGCUGAUAGAUCUGCCAGAGAAGACUGAUGGGGAUGGAUCAACCACAAUGUUCGUACAGGGAUUUAUCACUAAGAUAAUGCAGGAUAUUGAUGGAGUUUUGAAUCCAUCUACGCCUGGGAAAUCAGGGACAUGGGUACAUGAUGGAGCUUUUGAAACGAGAGCGACUGUGGCGUCAACAAAUCCGGCUGAUUUGUUAGAUUCAACUGAUAAAGAUAUGUUGGAUGCAAAGUACUGGGAAAUUAGCAUGUACAAGACAGCCUUGGAGGGGAGGAAGGGGGAAUUGGCAGAUGUAGAGGUUGAGAGGGAUGAUGAUAUGGAGGUUCAAAUUGGGAAUAAGUUGAGAAGGGAUGCAUUUUUGGUGUUUCGAGCACUUUGUAAACUGUCAAUGAAGACGCCUCCAAAGGAGGCAUUGGCUGAUCCACAACUAAUGCGUGGGAAGAUUGUAGCAUUGGAGUUGCUUAAGAUUUUGCUGGAGAAUGCCGGGGAUAUCUUCAGGACUAGUGAGAGGUUUCUAGGUGCUAUCAAGCAAUACUUGUGUUUGUCCUUGUUGAAGAACAGUGCUUCAUCUCUGAUGAUUGUCUUCCAGCUUUCCUGUUCCAUUUUCUUUAGUUUGGUGUUACGAUUUAGGGCUGGAUUGAAGGCUGAGAUUGGAGUAUUCUUCCCUAUGAUUGUCCUAAGAGUUCUUGAAAAUGUUGCUCAACCUAAUUUUCAGCAGAAGAUGAUAGUCCUUCGGUUUAUUGAGAAGCUGUGUGUUGAUUCGCAGAUCUUGGUGGAUAUUUUCCUCAAUUAUGAUUGUGAUGUUAACUCAUCUAAUAUAUUUGAAAGAAUGGUCAAUGGUCUUCUGAAGACUGCUCAAGGUGUUCCUGCUGGUACUGUCACUACGAUGUUGCCUCCUCAAGAACAGACCAUGAAACUUGAUGCUAUGAAGUGCUUAGUUACUAUUUUGAAAUCAAUGGGUGACUGGAUGAACAAGCAAUUAAGGAUCCAAGAUCCUCGUUCUUCAAGAAAUUCUGAAGAAGCCGAAAUAAAUCCUGAUUCAAGAGCUGUUUCCUUGGCUAAUGGAAAUGUGGAGGAGGUUGCUGAAGGACCUGAUUCGCAAUCUGAAGCUGCAAGCGAAGCUUCAGAUGUGUCAACAAUUGAGCAACGUCGAGCAUACAAGCUUGAACUUCAGGAAGGUAUAUCUCUUUUCAAUCGGAAACCUAAAAAAGGUAUUGAGUUCUUGAUAAGUGCAAAUAAAGUUGGAAGCUCUGCUGAAGAAAUUGCAUCUUUCCUUAAAGAUGCAACUGGGUUAAACAAGAGUUUAAUUGGCGACUAUUUAGGGGAAAGAGAGGAACUACCUCUGAAAGUAAUGCAUGCAUAUGUGGACUCUUUUUCUUUACAAGGGUUGGAGUUUGAUGAGGCUAUUAGGACUUUCCUACAGGGCUUCAGGUUGCCUGGUGAGGCACAAAAGAUUGACCGCAUCAUGGAGAAGUUCGCUGAACGAUAUUGCAAAUGUAAUCCAAAAGCUUUCAUUAGUGCAGACACAGCAUAUGUACUUGCUUACUCUGUGAUAAUGCUCAAUACUGAUGCACACAACCCUAUGGUAAAAAACAAGAUGUCAGCUGAAGACUUUAUAAAGAAUAAUCGAGGCAUAGAUGAUGGGAAAGAUCUACCUGAAGAGUAUUUGAGAUUGUUGUUUGACCGAAUAUCCAGGAAUGAGAUUAAAAUGAAGGAACAUGAGUUAGCUCCUCAACAAAUGCAAUCUGUAAUCUCUAACAAAAUUCUAGGUUUGGAUAGUAUAUUGAACAUCGUGAUCAGUAAACGAGGGGAAGAAAAAGAUAUGGAGACUAGUGAUGAUCUCAUGAGGCACGUGCAAGAACAAUUUAAAGAAAAGGCUCGGAAAUCUGAGUCAGUAUAUUAUGCAGCAUCUGAUGUUGUGAUCCUCAAAUUCAUGAUUGAGGUUUGUUGGGCUCCAAUGUUGGCUGCAUUCAGUGUUCCUCUUGAUCAGAGUGAUGACGAGGUAGUGAUAGCUCACUGUCUUGAAGGGUUCCGUUAUGGAAUCCAUGUUACAGCAGUCAUGUCCAUGAAGACUCAUCGAGAUGCCUUUGUGACUUCUCUAGCAAAGUUUACUUCACUUCACUCUCCGGCAGAUAUCAAACAGAAAAAUAUAGAUGUUAUAAAGGCAAUAAUAACCUUAGCAGAUGAAGAGGGUAACUAUUUACAGGAAGCUUGGGAGCAUAUUCUGACAUGUGUUUCUAGAUUUGAACAUUUACAUCUAUUGGGAGAGGGUACCCCACCAGAUGCUACAUUCUUUGCAGUUCAUCAGAAGGAGUUUGAUAAAUCAACCCAAUCCAAGUCCAAUAUCCUUCCUGUCUUAAAGAACAAAGGACCUGGAAAGAUUCAAUAUGCAGCUAAUGUGGUUAGAAGGGGUUCAUAUGAUAGUGCUAGUAUAGGAGGCAAUGCUUCAGCUGGCAUUACAUCAGAACAGAUGCAUAAUUUGGUUUCGAACUUAAAUAUGUUAGAACAAGUGGGUGAAAUGAGCCGAAUAUUCAUCAGGAGUCAAAAUCUGAACAGCGAGGCAAUAGUUGACUUCGCCAAAGCUCUUUGCAAGGUUUCCAUGGAAGAAUUGCGGUCUACAUCAGAUCCCCGAGUUUUCAGCCUUACUAAAAUAGUAGAGUUUGCGCACUACAACAUGAACCGAAUAAGGCUUGUUUGGUCGAGAAUCUUUCAUGUUCUCUCACACUUUUUUGUUACAAUUGGCUGUUCUGAGAACCUUUCAAUUGCAAUAUUUGCAAUGGACUUGUUACGCCAGCUAUCCAUGAAAUUCUUGGAUAGAGAAGAAUUGGCCAACUAUAAUUUUCAGAAUGAGUUCAUGAAGCCAUUUGUGAUUGUCAUGCGAAAGAGUAAUGCUGUUGAGAUCCGUGAAUUGAUCGUCAGAUGUGUUUCUCAGAUGGUCCUCUCACGGGUUAAUAAUGUCAAGUCAGGCUGGAAGAGCAUGUUUAUGGUAUUUACAACAGCAGCAUAUGAUGAUCGAAAGAACAUUGUUCUGUUGGCAUUUGAAAUUACUGAGAAGAUUGUGAGAGACUAUUUCCCUUAUAUCACGGAAACUGAAACUACUACUUUUACGGACUGUGUGAAUUGCUUGAUCGCAUUCACCAACAACAGAUUCAAUAAAGAUAUUAGCUUAAAUGCUAUUGGUUUUCUCCGGUUUUGUGCUGCAAAACUUGCUGAAGGAGAUCUUGGCUCAUCUUCACCUCAAACAAGAAAAGACAAAAAAGAGGAAAAUGGUCAACUGUCAGUAAAGGAUGAUCAUCUCUAUUUCUGGUUCCCCUUAUUGGCUGGGUUGUCCGAACUUAGUUUUGAUCCAAGAUCUGAAAUCAGAGAAAGUGCUCUCCAUGUGCUUUUCGACACAUUACGCAAACAUGGUCAUCAUUUUUCUCUACCUUUAUGGGAAAGGGUGUUUGAUUCGGUCUUAUUCCCUAUAUUUGAUUAUGUACGUCAUGCAAUUGUUCCUUCCGGUGGGAACUCAUCCGAACAUCAGAUCAUCAAUGGUGAUAAUGGCGAGCUUGACCAUGAUUCAUGGCUUUAUGAGACUUGUACAUUGGCCCUCCAAUUAGUCGUAGAUCUUUUCGUUAAGUUCUACGACACUGUAAAUCCGCUAUUAAAGAAAGUACUCAUGUUACUAGUGAGCUUCAUUGAACGUCCUCAUCAAAAUCUAGCUGGUAUUGGAAUUGCUGCAUUUGUUCGAUUGAUGAGCAAUUCAGGUGAUCUUUUCUCCGAUGAGAAGUGGCUGGAAGUGGUUACGUCGCUAAAAGAAGCGGCUAAAGUAACACUGCCUGAUUUCUCUUUCGUUAUGGAUAUAGAUGGUAAGCAGAUCUCAGGUAGUGAAGAACAACUGACUAGAGAGGGUGAAGAAGCCUCUGGUCCCGAAAUUUCGGAUGACAGUUCUGAGAAUUCGGGAAGGAAUGGGUUCCAUGUUACUCUAUCUGAUGCCAAGUGCAGAGCUGCAGUUCAGCUUUUGUUGAUACAGGCUAUAAUGGAGAUCUACAACAUGUUCAGACAUAAUCUUUCAUCUAAGAAUACUGUAAUCCUAUUAGAAGCUAUCCAUACCGUGGCCAUACACGCUCACAAAAUCAACAGCGACUCUACAUUAAGAGUAAAACUACAUUUACUAGGUCCCGCCACACAACUACAAGACCCUCCAUUACUUCGCCUCGAAAACGAAUCCUAUCAAAUUUGCCUCACAUUACUUCAAAACCUUACAAUAGACAGACCUCCUCCAACUUACAACGAGGCCGAAGUCGAGUCUUACCUUGUGGAUAUCUGUCAAGAGGUCUUGCAAUUCUACAUUGACGUUGCAGCAGAAAAGCCUCUUGGUAAACAGCUUAACUGGUCUAUUCCUAUAAGCUCAAAUAAGAGGAGAGAAUUGGCUGCUCGUGGUCCUCUUCUCGUUUCGACUCUCCAAACUGUAUCUUGUCUGAAUGAUUCAUCGUUUGAGAAGCAGUUACCUCUCUUCUUCCCACUUAUGUCGGUAUUGAUUCGUUGCGAACAUGGUUCGAGUGAAGUUCAGAUAGCACUUAGCCAGAUGCUCAGCUUAUCUGUGGGUCCUGUUUUGCUCCGAUCAUGUUAAAAAAAGGUAUAUUUUCUUGAGCAUUUGUUUUCGGUAUUCUCAUAUACGAUAUAUAUAGUCUGUCUAGGAGUGGGUAAUAAUGAUGUUUGUUUGUUGUGAUUUUUGUUUCAUAAGGUUUGAUUAGUAUUUUAUCUUUGUAACCUUGAUAAUCUUUCAAAGGAAUUCUUUUGUGCAAUAUAUAACUAGUCAGGUCUUAUGAGGCAAAUGUUGGCCCUUUUAAUCUUUUGAGGGAGGAAAGUUCAGUGACAAUUGGAUUUUAGACUAUAUGGUUUAUUAUAUUGAGCUCUCAUAUUCUAUUUUUA